AUGUCCGUCAUCCUCAAAAAUGACGCCGAUCUGGCCUGGACCAAGGCCAUGCACGGGUCAUCCAUGGACGAGAAAAAUGCCUUCCUCGCCAUGCUGAACAAGAACAACGAGGCCCAUCGCGAGACCACCAAGGAAUACGUGAAGCGCUGGAAAGCCGCCGAUGGCACCGAUGCCAUCACUGAAGAAGCGCGCCAGGAGCGAAAAACUGAGUACAUGGAGGUCGUGAACGGCUACUAUGAUCUUGUUACAGACUUUUACGAGGAAGCUUGGGCGCAAUCGUUCCAUUUCUGUCGCUUCACAAUCGCUGAGCCGUUUCUGCACGCCCUAUCGCGCCAUGAGCAUUAUUUAGCUUACAAGAUGGGCAUCGAAGAGGGCAUGGAGGUGCUAGAUGUUGGCUGUGGCGUGGGCGGUCCCGCCAGAGAAAUUGCCCGUUUCACUGGCUGCCAGGUCGUCGGCAUCAACAACAAUGGCUAUCAGAUCGCCCGUGCCUCGCGGCAUUCGCUGAGGGCUGGUCUAGAAAAGCAACUCUCCUUUUACAAGGGUGAUUUCAUGGAUUUGCAAUUUCCAAAAAACACCUUCGACGCUGUCUAUGUCAUCGAGGCGACCGUCCACGCUCCCAACCUAGUAGAUGUAUACAAGCAGAUCUUCCGUGUCCUCAAGCCAGGUGGUCGCUUUGGUGUGUACGAAUGGGUCAUGACCGACAAGUUUGACGCGUCCAACGACGAACACCGCGCCAUCCGCCUUGGCAUCGAGCGUGGCAACGGUAUCGUCAACAUGCCCACUCGCGCCGAAGCCAUCGAGGCGAUGGAAGCCGCCGGUUUUGUUCUCGAGUAUGAAGACGACCUCGCUGCACGCCCGGACCCCAUCCCGUGGUACUAUCCAAUUGCCGGUGAAUGGCGCUAUGCGAGAUCGCUGUGGGACAUGUUCACGAUGUUGCGUAUGACGAGACUCGGCAGAGGCGCCAUGGGAAGCUUACUGUGGUCAUUGGAAAAAUUGCGGCUCGCGCCCCAGGGCACAUCAGAGGUGGCAGGUGAGCUUGCGGCUGGAGCGGAUCACCUCGUAAAGGGAGGCCAGCUGGGUUUGUUCACGCCGAUGUAUUUAAUGGUUGGGCAAAAACCGGUGCUUGAUUAG